GCAUCUGAUUGGUGUAGUUUUAAUGAAGCAGUCUGAAGCUGAUCUGCCACCUCACCUGUGUGCAAGGAGCAGGUGAGCGUGGCCAAUCAGGUGGCGUGUCUGCGGUGAAAUGCAGACAAACCUGUCAGGCAGAGAGAGAGAGCGAGUGAGCCCCAUAGAGUCAGAGUGGGAACUCCCUCGGAGCGAGGAGAGGAAGGAGGACAACACACUCAGAUAUCCAGCGGGUCCUACACGCUGGUCAGAGGACGCUGUGACAUCAGAGUGACAUCAUGAGCUCCCCCACUGAGCACACAGACGGGCACGGUGAGGACAGGUCUGCUCCAGGGCCCUCAGGCCCCCCCAACAUCCAGGACAUGGAGCUGAGGGAGGAGUGGCAGGAUGAUGGCUUCCCCAGACCACUUCCAGAGGAUGACACGGAAAGUCCAGCAGGAGAAUCAGCUCCGGUCACCAGCCUCACUCUAUCGGGUGGAGGUCGAGCUAAGAAGCGUCUGGUGGCACCGUCUCUGAGUCUCACUCUGAACCGCCGUGACUCGAACGAUCGGAACAGCUUCUCCGCAGCCGCGCUGUCAGGGACACCAGACGACACACCGUCGCUUGACAUCAACCUGGAAGCUCUGGAGACGCCAUCGGACAGCGAGACAGGAACGCUGCCGGACAGCAUGCACGACCUCGAGUGGGACGACGACCUCCCUCGGAUGGGCAGAGGUGGAGCUGUGGGUGUGGCCAGAAGCCCGGUGGAGCAGUCCGAAGGUCUGAUGGAGCUGGAUCAGGUGGACAGCAGAGGGCGGCGCUGGAGGCGGUUCUGCAUCUCGGGACACGAAUACCAUGUCAACAUGAGCGUCCUGGAGCCGUACCUGCAGGUCCUGUCACAUGGAGGCUACUUUGGAGACGGGAUGAACGCCAUCAUCCUUUUCGCUUCCUGUUACCUGCCGGAGAACACAGUGGAAAACUACGAGUAUGUCAUGGAAAACCUGUUCAGGUACAUUGUGGGGACGCUGGACCUAAUGGUCUCAGAGAACUACCUGCUAGUCUACCUGUGUGCCAUGGCUCCCAGAAACAAGCUGCCCUCUAUCAAGUGGCUUCACCAGUGCUACACGUCCAUCGACAGGAGGCUGAAGAAGGACCUGAAGGGGCUGCUGGUCGUCCACCCCGCCUGGUACAUCAAAGCUCUCAUCACGCUGGUCAAACCUUUUAUCAGCGAUAAGUUCAGCAGGAAGAUCCGCUUCAUUCAGAGUCUGCAGCAGCUGUCCGAGCUCAUCCCCACAGACAGGCUGCAGAUCCCCGACACCAUCCGCCAGUUUGAUGAGAAGCUGAACAGAUGACUCUCUCACACGUCACAUCAGAGGGACCCAGGAAGCCGCAGGUUCAGGAAGCCUGCUGACCUUUGACCUGUGGCGUGUACAUAUGAGCAGACUGCUGUACGUCUGCGUGCUGGUGGCGUUCGGACUCGGAGAGGACGAACAUGCUAACGGGAACUCUGCUGCUUCUUUCCUCUAAACUUGAACAAACGCUAACUUACUGUUUAUUUAUUGACGUAUUUAAGACGGCGGUCAGAGCAAGACACCCGUCACGUCGCGCCAUCACGUUUCUGUCUGAGCCUCAGAUCAGACGUGUGGGGGGUGGGGCUAAUCGGGCUCUGUAAAUCCAGGUGAUUGAAUCUGUUUUGGGUUUCAUGUCCAGAUGAAACACGUGAGCAGAGCUUCACUGCAGGAAGCUGCUGAUUGGUUGCUGACUGUGUUUCACUUCCUGUAAUAAAAGCAUGGAUCAAACA